AUGGACUCCCCCAUCACCUCUGUGGAGUCCUUCCGUUUCCUGGGCACCACCAUCACCCAGGACCUCAAGUGGGAGCCGACCAUCAGCUCCCUCAUCAAGAAGGCCCAGCAGAGGAUGUACUUCCUGCGGCAGCUCAGGAAAGCCAAGCUGCAGUUCUACACGGCCAUCAUCGAGUCCAUCCUCACCUCCUCCAUCACCUCCUCCAUCACCUCCUCAUCACCUCCUCCAUCACCUCCUCACCUCCUCCAUCACCUCCUCACCUCCUCCAUCACCUCCUCCAUCACCUCCUCCAUCACCUCUUCCAUCACCUCCUCCAUCACCUCCUCCAUCACCUCCAUCACCUCCUCCAUCACCUCCUCCAUCACCUCCUCAUCACCUCCUCCAUCACCUCCUCCAUCACCUCCUCCAUCACCUCCUCCAUCACCUCCUCCAUCACCUCCUCCAUCACCUCCUCCAUCACCUCCUCCAUCACCUCCUCCAUCACCUCCUCCAUCACCUCCUCCUUCACCUCCUCCAUCACCGUGUGGUUCGCUGGAGCCACAAGUGCAGAGACAGAGUGCAGAGACAGAGUGCAGAGACAGAGUCCAGAGACAGAGUGCAGAGACAGAGUGCAGAGACAGAGUGCAGAGACAGAGUCCAGAGUGCAGAGACAGAGUGCAGAGACAGAGUCCAGAGUGCAGAGACAGAGUCCAGAGUGCAGAGACAGAGUCCAGAGUGCAGAGACAGAGUCCAGAGUGUAGAGACAGAGUCCAGAGUGCAGAGACAGAGCGGUGUGAGGAGCGUUGCUUGUGCAGCUCCAGUCUCUGUCCUGGCCCGUUCUCUUCACUGCAGUGUUAUUUAUCCAGAGCCGAGCUGUCAGACUCACCGUGUCCUAGCAACAACUGCACCUACACCACGCACUUGUGCUCCUCAUUCCUAUUGUGA